AUGCCCCCAAAAGCAACUGCCAAAAUCAACGGAAAGGUCAUCGCCGAGUCGGACGAAUACGAGACUGUCGAGGGAAAUAUCUACUUCCCGCCAUCUGCUAUCACCCGGAGCUUUCUCACUCCUUCAGACACAAAUACCAUCUGUGGAUGGAAGGGAACUGCCUCAUAUUACAAUGUAGAAGUUGAUGGUGUAUACAUUAAGGACGCCGCGUGGUAUUAUCCGGACCCCAAAGACAAGUUCAAGCCGUUCAGGAAUUAUGUGGCGUUCUGUAUGUAUGCCCCGCUGAUGCUCCACCUGAAGAGGGUCCCCUUUCGUUUGCGUUAG